CUGGUGGUAUAAAUAAGUUAUAUUAUUCUUUUGAAAUAGAUAGUAUAGAUAAAAGGUACUUAGAGAAACACAGCAAGAGACAUCUUUAAAAGGUGACAAGAUGAAAGUAAACGAGGCCCUUCAGCCUAUCUCUUGGCUCGCCGGCCGGUGGAGCACUAAAGAGGGCCAUGGCAGCUAUCCGAAUAUAAACGACUUCAGUUAUCAUGAAGACUUGGAGUUCAUUUGUAUUGGACAACCAAUGUUUAACUUCUUAUCACUAUCAAAACAUCCAGAAAAGCAGACACCAAUGCACCAAGAACGUGGUUUCCUCCGCAUCAAGCCAGGCACCAACGAAUUAGCUUUCGUUGUCAGCCACAACUUUGGCCUCACUUCACUUGAAGAAGGCACUUGUGAUCCGGAGAAGAAGGAGAUAGUUUUAGAAACUGUCAACGUUAAUAGGAUGUCCUUUGCUAAACCACCAGUAGUGAAGAAAUUCAAAAGGAUCAUAAAAUUGAUCGCUCCAGAUGUUUUAGAAGUUACUUUGUUCAUGGAGACAGAUAAUACAGAAUUGGCACAACACUUGAAGGCAGUUUACAAAAAGGUUGAUGAAUAAAGAGCCAAUACAAAUAUUGAGAUUAUUUCUUUUUGUGGUUCCUUCAAAUGGAGCUAUAUGUGGCGAAUAUUGAUGCUGGUAUAUUUGUUAGGUUACACUGAUUUCUACUGGCUCUGCCAAUUUUAUACCAGUUUUGCACAUGUCCAAAAGGUACUAUAAUAACCCCUUACCAUCAAGUGGGCCUUGGUAAUAGAAGUAUUGUGAAGUGUAUACAAGUGUUUUUUUUUUAGAGGUGUCCUUUAUGAAGACUGAAAUAAAGCGCACAGUAAAAGUUUAA